AUGCAAGCUCAACAUAUUUCUCACAUGGCCUACGAGUCACUAGGAACCCGCACAAUUGUUCAAAAGUGCAGCCCCUGGCAAUCUUCUACUCGCAUGAGCAGUAUUGUGCAACAUCAGAAUAUUGAACAAGACACGACGGUGACUCUCAACAAACAGAGCUACCGUAUUGGUGACUUCUGUCCUGCGGCGGAUGAGGCAGACAUUGCUAUCAAGGCUACUCCCUUGGAUAACAACGAGAUUGGCAUUCUUUUCAUCACCUCGUCGCGCUCUGUUGUCGAAGUCAUUGCAACUAGUCUUUUGGAUCGUCUCUGUGUCACGAUUCAGGCUAUCUCUGACUACAAACACGCGCAAAUGCCGGUGUCGCAGUUCAUUUACUCUGAGUCUAUUCUGCCCUUGCAGAGUGCAUCAAUGUCUAACGGCGUGAAUGGACACUCUACAGUUGAUUGCACCGAUAAAAUCACACCUGUGGACCCUAGCUUGUUAUCUGUCAUAUAUGACAGCUGGCGGGAAGUUUUGGGAAGUCUCGAUCUGUCCUUGGACUUAGAAUCAGACUUCUUUGCUGUCGGUGGUGACCAGGUCUCAAUCACACUGUUGGCCGCGUUUUGGCAACGCCAAGACUACCAGAUUACGGUGGAAGAUCUCUGGGAUCAUUCGUCCGUUCGUGGAAUGCUGAAUACCUUGAUUCAGGCGCGUCGUUGA